AUGUGCCUCAUACGACGCGACACUUGUAUCGUAAUGUACUAUGGCGUCAUUGGUGCAACGAUUAAAUCAAAUUUGGGAUGCAAGCCUCCUACGCUGUUGACAAAUUUACAAAGACGUAACACUCAAACUAAAAUUCCUUUACCUUAUGGAGGUGGAGAUGUGACUUUUUAUACAUUAACGGAUCAGGGUGAACUUACAGCUGACAAUAUUCAUGCAGCAACUGUAGAUACACCGGAUGAAAAUGGUCUUACUGGACUUAUGUGGGCAGCUGGUUAUGGCCAAUUAAAUAGUGCAACACUUCUACUAAAGAAUGGGGCAGAUAAAAACUACAAAGGAUCUCAUGGUCAAUCGCAUUUGCAUCUAGCUGCAGCUUAUGGACAUCAUGAUGUUGUAAAAUUGCUCUUGAAUUAUGGUGCUGAUUCUAAUACAAGUAAAGAUGAGGGAAACACACCUUUGAUUUAUGGAGCGCAAGGUGAUCAUCCACAUGUUUGUUAUGAACUUUUGACAAGAGGUGCGGAUAUAACAAUGACUAAUGCCAAUGGACUUAAUGCUUACAAAGCCGCUAUACUCAAAAAUACAUCAACAGCUAAAGCAGUAUUUGAAAAUUUUCUUGUACAAAAAAUUGUAAACUUAUCAUCAGAGAUAUUUUAGUAAUAAAUAAUGUAAAUACAUAUAGUAAUAUCUUUCGACAAUUGAACCAAUAUAUGGAUAGCUUUGGAUAUGAAUGUUAAUACUCCAAGAUGCAAA